GGACCGGAGCCGGCGAGGCGUGAUCGCCUGAGGCCCCUCCUGCCUGCCGGGGAAGCCUUAAAACAGGCCGGCGAGGCGCGGAGCCCCGCACUCGGGAGCCCCGACGCACGGGCAGACGCGCCUCGCCGAGCCGAGAGCCGCUCCGCUGCAGCCGCCGCCAUGCAGGGCACCGUGAGGCUGUGGGUGUCGGUGCUGACUUUCGCCCUGUCGCUGCUGGUCUGCCUGGGGACGCUGGCAGAGGCGUACCCCUCCAAACCGGACAGCCCCGGCGAGGACGCCCCCGCAGAGGACAUGGCCAGAUACUACUCGGCGCUGAGGCACUACAUCAACCUCAUCACCAGGCAGAGAUAUGGAAAGAGAUCAAGCCCAGAUACACUGAUCUCAGACCUCUUGUUGAGGGAAAGCACAGAAAACAUUCCUAGAUCCAGGUUUGAAGACCCUUCAAUGUGGUGAUGGAGUUUUCAGCACACCUUCAGAACUUUUCCUAGUUUUCAGUUCCACACCUCUGAAGCAAAUCAUAGCGUCAUCCCCAGUGCAUGCAGCCAUUGUACCGAAUUCUGUAGAGUUUCUCUCCUUCAUCAUAUUUGUAUAUACCUUUAUUUAAAUAAAUUAUUUGUGCAUUCCAAAAUACAACAUACUAAAUGAAAACAAACAACCAUGUCAUUGGUAUAACAAAGCAUUGUUUUAAACUAUUAAAACUGAAUUAUAACCUCCCUGUAGUGUGGACAACAAUGGUGUCACAGUUAUUACAGUAAUUACUGUGCAAAGUAAGAUAAAGACAUCAUUUAUUGUGGCCUCAGACUCAGCUCAAAACUGUUUAAAAUAAUUUAUCAUUGACUUCAUAACUUGGGAAAACAAUGUUCUGAGAGGUGAUCUGUUCAGAAUGGUCAUUCUUAAAACUUUAGUGCUUACAUUGACAAAUGUAAUAAAGUUAAUGUCAUUUUUUAAAUGCAAAGGAAUAA